CGGGGAGACGAGGUCUAGCUGCAUCUCCAAGGGUGAGCAGGAGUUCGCCGCCCACCAGAGAGCAGGAGGAAGGGUUUGUAGUGAAUAUCCUACUGCAGUCUCAAGUACGAGGCCCAACCACCGCAGUUUUCAACCCCAGAGCUCGCUGAUACCAUUGGUAUUGACAGUUGAGAGGGAUCGUAAGGGAUCCAUCGCAGCUCUACCCGAGGCCUCCCUCCUGCCCUCGCCACAGUCUGCUUUUGAUCGCAGCCAGCUACCUUUCUGGACUCCACAUCUGUUCAGGUUGUGGGCUGCAGAAGCCAUUUCAGGGCUCCGCUCACUCCGAGGGUGUCAGCAGAAACCCUUCCGUGGCUGCUGAGGCCCUGCCCCUCCAGUCCCGUCGUCACAGCUUGCUCCGCUCUCCGCGGCUCCAGGUGUUUGGCCCACGCUGGGCUCUCCCAGGACGUGCGGGGUGCCUUGGCAGGGCCUUCGCACCACUGGUCCCGCUUCCUGGUUCUGGCCCCUCCCCCUUCUCACAGGUUCCUCCUCCUGCUGCUGAGCUUUGUCGGUGGUCAGACCAAAUCCCCCAGCAGUGGACUCAGCCUUUGGGGAGGCUGGUCCUAAGGACAGCGUGCGCCUGACAUGGUCAUGGAGACGCUGCUUUUGAACAGCCCACGCUGGAGACUGGUGCAUAGUCUCGCGCUAACGCAGAAACUCCCUGCACUCCUAUAAUGAGCCUGGCACAGUGGUGAACCGCUUUCCCUGUUGUCCAUGUCCAAGUGGAUCUCCCCGACAGCCCUAGAGAUGAUGAUGUUUGAACUGAACAAUUAAGGGUUCCGAAAUCAGAGAUCUUGAGAUUAAAAAUGGCAGGAAAAUCAUCGCUUUUUAAAGUAAUUCUCCUUGGAGAUGGUGGAGUUGGGAAGAGUUCUCUAAUGAACAGAUAUGUGACUAAUAAGUUUGAUGCCCAACUCUUCCAUACAAUAGGUGUGGAAUUUUUAAAUAAAGAUUUGGAGGUGGAUGGACAUUUUGUUACCAUGCAGAUUUGGGACACCGCCGGUCAAGAGCGGUUCAGAAGCCUGAGGACGCCAUUUUACAGAGGUUCUGACUGUUGCCUGCUUACAUUUAGCGUCGAUGAUUCUCAAAGCUUCCAGAAUUUGAGUAACUGGAAGAAAGAAUUCAUAUAUUAUGCGGAUGUGAAAGAGCCCGAAAGCUUUCCUUUUGUGAUUUUGGGUAACAAGGUUGACAUCAGCGAGCGGCAGGUGUCUGCAGAAGAAGCUCAAGCCUGGUGCAGGGACAACGGCGACUAUCCUUACUUUGAAACAAGUGCAAAAGAUGCCACGAAUGUUGCAGCGGCCUUUGAGGAAGCAGUUCGAAGAGUGCUUGCUACCGAGGAUAGGUCAGAUCACUUGAUUCAGACAGACACGGUCAGUCUGCACCGAAAGCCCAAGCCCAGCUCAUCUUGCUGUUGAAGUUCGAGAGGUUGCCCUUGCGAUCUAACCAGGUCACACACAUGCACAGAUAAGCACAGGGAGGAGACAAGAAUUCGUGUUUGCAGCAAUGGAUCGUGUACUCAUAAAAUUAAACUAACCAUAUUGCUGCCUUGUUAGUGGGUGGGAGAAGGGACACAUCCACUCACAGGAGAAUCUCUUUACGCAGUAAUGGCACCUUACCUUUAUAAGUUGUAACGGUUGUCUAAUAAUGUUUAAUUUAAAUAUGUAUGUCACAGAGCUAAUAAAUGAGAUGACCAAGACUUUAUAAUUAAAACAAAACACUUGA